GGCCGUGCAGCGAGCGCGGCGGAGCGCAGCCCGACCGACCCUCCGCCGGCUCCGGGAGACGCGGCCGGGAGGGGCCGCCGCCCCCCAGCUCAAGAUGCAGAGGGCCGCUGGUUUGCUGUUCCUGUCGUUAAUCCUUUGUGCCACCCUGGCAGAAACAUUGGGGCUGGCUCUCUCAGCAAAAGAAAAAAGGGGCUGGACUUUGAAUAGUGCUGGUUACCUACUGGGGCCGCAUGCGGUAGAUAACCACAGAUCUUUUAAUGACAAACAUGGUUUCACCGGUAAACGUGAAAUACAGUCUGAUGAUGAUGUUAAAGCAGGGAAUCUUGGAAGACCAGUGGUCGAUGAAAACACUGUGCGGACAGUAAUUGAAUUUUUGACUUACUUGCAUCUUAAAGAAGUGGGAGCACUUGACAAACAACUUUCACCAGAGGACACAAACCAGUCUUGAAGAAGAAUGCGUUUUCAUUUUGUUGUAGUGUAGGUUUAGAUUGAGUUCUAAACAAGAGAUCCAAAUGAGAAGAAGAUGAGAAGCAUCAUUUGUAUUAAUCUCAUAAAUGGUAAACAGCAUUCUGCCAUGUGGCUUGUUUCUUUCUUUGGGUUUUUUUGUUUGCUUUUUUUUCCUCUCUUGCGAUGUUAUGGUGAAAAUUUUUGCCUUGGUUAAAAUUUUUCUGUAAAUGAUAAAAUAAAAA